UUAAAACCUUUAGAAAUGAUCUGGAUCGUGAUCUAUAACGUGAGAUGGGCGCCGCCAUGUUUGUUCGCGCUGCCGUUCAGAGAGUCCUGUCAGCCGGAUUUACAGCACGCAAAUGCACCAGUUUCUCCCGAAAUACAUGCAAGAGAUAUCAGACUGAUGAAUGGUAAUAAUGACUGCUCUGGAAGAGUGGAGAUCCAUUAUAAUGGCCAGUGGGGGACAGUGUGUGAUGAUGACUGGGACAUGAAUGAUGCUGCUGUGGUGUGCAGACAGUUGAAAUGUGGAAGAGCUGUGAGCGCACAUGGCAGUGCUUUUUUUGGCCAGGGAAUUGGUCAGAUCUGGUUGGAUGAUGUGGGAUGUUCAGGAACUGAAUCAUCGCUCACACAUUGCUCACGUUCUUCAUUUGGAACACAUAACUGUGGUCAUUCUGACGAUGCAGGUGUCGUCUGCUCAGAUGAAAAAGAGACAUCAACAAAAUCAGGGACAACCACUGCAUUGACUAGUCUAACCACAGAUGGGGGACUAAGUUCUUCUACCACUACUGCAACACCUCUGACGUCUACUCUGACUGAUGACUAUUCACAACCAUCAGAAAAUAAAAAAGAGACAUCAACAAAAUCAGGGACAACCACUGCACUGAUAGUAGAUUCUGGCCAGACUAGUCCAACACCAGAUGGGGGACUAAGUUCUUCUACCACUACUGCAACACCUCUGACGUCUACUCUGACUGAUGACUAUUCACAACCAUCAGAAAAUAAAAAAAAGACAUCAGCAAAAUCAGGGACAACCACUGCACUGAUAGUAGAUUCUGGCCAGACUAGUCCAACCCCAGAUGGGGGACUAAGUUCUUCUACCACUACUGCAACACCUCUGACGUCUACUCUGACUGAUGACUAUUCACAACCAUCAGAAAAUAAAAAAAAGACAUCAGCAAAAUCAGGGACAACCACUGCAUUGAUAGUAGAUUCUGGCCAGACUAGUCCAACCCCAGAUGGGGGACUAAGUUCUUCUAUCACUACUGCAACACCUCUGACGUCUACUCUGACUGAUAUCUAUUCACAACCAUCAGAAAUUAGACUGACACUGAAGCCACCAAAUGAGAAAGAACUUUUUCUCCAUAAUAAAGUUGUCUUGCAAGCUGUUGUUUCUGGAGAUGUAAAAAAGACAGUGCAAAAUGCUUCAGUGUCAUGUAAAGUGAAGGAUGUAACCGUAACCAGUGGAAAUAUCAGACCAGGGAAUUUUUCAGAUGAUACUUCACAAUUUAAAAGAAUUCACAAUGUCAUAAUUGAUACAAAGAAAUGGUUUGAUGGUGAAAUGGUCACCUGCACCAUCCGUGACACAAAUAAUAACAGAGACGUCAAGCAGGAGAUCCAUUUUAAAAAAGGAGAUGGACAAAAACCGAGUGUUUUUAUUCACAAACCUGAUCUUAUCAACAAAGAUCGUGUGUCCCUGGUGUGUGAGGUUACUAGCUCUGAACUCGGCAACGUCUAUAUCAUGUGGAAAGUGGGUGAUGAGCCUUACAUAGAGGGCACAACCUGUGCCCCCAUCCAUCAAAAUAACUACACGUCUGUUCACAGUUUCCUAACAAUGUCAAAAGAAAAGUAUGAAUGUCUCAAAGCCACCAUCACCUGUGCAGUCAAACAUGCCAACAUGGACCAUACAGGAUCUCCAUUACAAGUUUCAACAAGCCAAAUUACACUGACACUGAAGCCACCAAAUGAGAAAGAACUAUUUAUCCAUAAUAAAGUUGUCUUGCAUGCUGUUGUUUCUGGAGAUGUAAAAAAUACAGUACAAAAUGCUUCAAUGUCAUGUAAAGUGAAGGAUAAACGUGUGCCCAAUGAGAAUAUCACAUCAGGGAAUGUUGAUUUUUCUACUGAUGCCUCACAAUUUCAAAAAAUUCACAGUGUCAUCAUUGAUACAAAGACAUGGUUUGAUGGUGAAAUAGUCACCUGCACCAUUCGUGACACAAAUAAUAACAGAGACGUCAAGCAGGAGAUCCAUUUUAAAAAAGGAG